AUCAAAGUAUUUUUCAACUGGGCUGUCACUGCACUUGAACUUGGAAUCUUAUAACUUGAAGAACUGCCCUGGAGAAAAGAAGAAACUUAUAAUAAAUGGGAAAUUAUAAAUCUAGACCAACCCAAACUUGUACUGAUGAAUGGAAGAAAAAAGUCAGUGAAUCAUAUGUUAUCACAAUAGAAAGAUUAGAAGAUGACCUGCAGAUCAAGGAAAAAGAACUGACAGAACUAAGGCAUAUAUUUAGCUCUGAUGAAGCCUUCAGUAAAGUCAAUUUAAAUUACCGCACUGAAAAUGGGCUGUCUCUACUUCAUUUAUGUUGCAUUUGUGGAGGCAACAAAUCACAUAUUCGAACUCUUAUGUUAAAAGGGCUCCGCCCAUCUCGACUGUCAAGAAAUGGAUUUACAGCCUUGCAUUUGGCAGUUUACAAGGAUAAUGCAGAAUUGAUCACUUCUCUGCUUCACAGUGGAGCUGAUAUACAGCAGGUUGGAUAUGGUGGCCUCACUGCCCUCCAUAUUGCUACAAUAGCUGGCCACCCAGAGGCUGCUGAUGUGCUGUUGCAACAUGGAGCUAAUGUCAAUAUUCAAGAUGCAGUUUUUUUCACUCCAUUGCACAUUGCAGCCUACUAUGGGCAUGAACAGGUAACUCGCCUUCUUUUGAAAUUUGGUGCUGAUGUAAAUGUAAGUGGUGAAGUUGGAGAUAGACCCCUCCACCUAGCAUCCGCAAAAGGAUUCUUGAAUAUUGCAAAACUCUUGAUGGAAGAAGGCAGCAAAGCAGAUGUGAAUGCUCAAGAUAAUGAAGACCAUGUCCCUCUCCAUUUCUGUUCUCGAUUUGGACACCAUGAUAUAGUUAAGUAUCUGCUGCAAAGUGAUUUGGAAGUUCAACCUCAUGCUGUUAAUAUCUAUGGAGAUACCCCCUUGCACCUGGCAUGCUACAAUGGCAAAUUUGAAGUUGCCAAGGAAAUCAUCCAAAUAUCAGGAACAGAAAGUCUGACUAAGGAAAACAUCUUCAGUGAAACUGCUUUUCAUAGUGCUUGUACCUAUGGCAAGAGAAUUGACCUAGUCAAAUUUCUUCUUGAUCAGAACGUCAUAAACAUCAACCACCAAGGAAGGGAUGGGCACACUGGAUUACACUCUGCUUGCUACCACGGUCACAUUCGCCUGGUUCAGUUCUUACUGGAUAAUGGAGCUGAUAUGAAUCUAGUGGCUUGUGAUCCCAGCAGGUCUAGUGGUGAAAAAGAUGAGCAGACAUGUUUGAUGUGGGCUUAUGAAAAAGGGAAUGAUGCCAUUGUCACACUCCUGAAGCAUUAUAAGAGACCGCAAGAUGAAUUGCUCUGUAAUGAAUAUUCUCAGCCUGGAGGAGAUGGCUCCUAUGUGUCUGUUCCAUCCCCCUUGGGGAAGAUUAAAAGCAUGACAAAAGAGAAGGCAGAUAUUCUCCUCCUAAGAGCAGGAUUGCCUUCACAUUUCCAUCUUCAGCUCUCAGAAAUUGAGUUCCAUGAGAUUAUCGGCUCAGGUUCUUUUGGGAAAGUAUAUAAAGGACGAUGCAGAAAUAAAAUAGUGGCUAUAAAACGUUAUCGAGCCAAUACCUACUGCUCCAAGUCAGAUGUGGAUAUGUUUUGCCGAGAGGUGUCCAUUCUCUGCCAGCUCAAUCAUCCCUGUGUAAUUCAGUUUGUGGGCGCUUGCUUGAAUGAUCCCAGCCAGUUUGCCAUUGUCACUCAAUACAUAUCAGGGGGUUCUCUGUUCUCCCUCCUUCAUGAGCAGAAAAGGAUUCUUGAUUUGCAGUCUAAAUUAAUUAUUGCAGUAGAUGUUGCCAAAGGCAUGGAGUACCUUCACAACUUGACACAGCCAAUUAUACAUCGUGACUUGAACAGUCACAAUAUUCUUCUCUAUGAGGACGGGCAUGCUGUGGUGGCAGAUUUUGGAGAAUCAAGAUUUCUACAGUCUCUGGAUGAAGACAACAUGACAAAACAACCUGGGAACCUCCGUUGGAUGGCUCCUGAGGUGUUCACGCAGUGCACUCGGUACACCAUCAAAGCAGACGUCUUCAGCUACGCUCUGUGUCUGUGGGAAAUUCUCACUGGCGAAAUUCCAUUCGCUCAUCUCAAGCCAGCGGCUGCGGCAGCAGACAUGGCUUACCACCACAUCAGACCUCCCAUUGGCUAUUCCAUUCCCAAGCCUGUAUCAUCUCUGCUGAUACGAGGGUGGAACGCAUGUCCUGAAGGAAGACCCGAGUUUUCUGAAGUUGUCACGAAGUUAGAAGAGUGUCUCUGCAACAUUGAGCUGAUGUCUCCAGCAUCAAGUAACAGCAGUGGCUCUCUCUCACCUUCUUCUUCUUCUGAUUGCCUGGUGAGCCGGGGAGGACCUGGCCGGAGUCAUGUGGCAGCUUUAAGAAGUCGUUUCGAAUUGGAAUAUGCUCUAAAUGCAAGGUCCUAUGCUGCUUUGUCCCAAAGGUGCAAGUUUCUCUUAACAACGUGGCAUUCCCUAAGGAUUUGCUGUGAGGGUGCAUUCAAGCUGUCGCUAUUGAACAUCCGGGGCACUAUUUUAAAUGUUUUAAAUAGUCAUCUAAUUCAGCCUUAGGAAGUAGGUAUUCCAAUUUGUAUAAAUGAGGAAACUGAGGCUCAUAGAAAAGGUAAGCAACUUUCCCAAGUUAAUGGAGAAUAAGUAAGCGAAGCUGGAAUUCUCACUCAGGACUCUCCUGUGCUUUCUGAGUUUCUCUGGAAUAGGAGGUGGCAUGUUCCAGAAGCUUGAAAUAUUUUGCCAAUACUUGUAUUUGCUAGACUUCCAGUUUCUCCUGGAAGUCAGUCUGUGAAUAACUUCGGCUAUUUCUCCCAAGUCUGACUUUUCAGCUUGUGGAUAUGAAGGCAGAGGAAGUGAGACCAGCGAUCAAUAGGUGCUUAAAGUGAAAGAGCCCAACGAUAUAAGAAUUGAUGGACUAAGUACAGGAGGGCCAUGAGUUUAACAGCUUGUGAGACAGCGGUUCUCAACUUUGACUGCACAUUAGAAUCAUCUGGGAAGCUUUUACAAGUACCAUUGCCCAGGACCAAUUAAACGAAAAUCCAUGGGGUUGACACCCAGGCAUCAAAAUGCUUUAAAGUUUCCCAGGUGAUUCCAAUAUACAUCCAAGUAUAAGAAACAUGCUGAAAGAGAAUGAUACAAUGCUAACCUGCCAGUCAUUCUGUAAGAAGGGGAUGCAGCUAAUGAAAGAGGAAAGACAAAGCCAAGGUAAAAUAGCAUCUGUGACCAAAGGGGACCAUUUUGAUGACUUAUUACGUGCAUCGUUCCUGCCAAAAUUCCUUGCAAUAUACCACUAAUUUCUGAUCUUUGGAUUUCCUAAUUAAUUCAAGUGACAGAGUUAAAAUGUAAUUUUUUAGUAUAGCAUUAUGGUUUUGAAAAAUCUGUACAAGGUUUUUGCUAUAGUUCCUACUAAGGUAUGGAUGCGGGGACACCUCAACAAUGUCUUGAAAAAUGAUGCAUCUACUUUUCCAUUUUUUGUCAUGAGGUUCACAGAUGAUAGGUUUGAGUUUUGUAAUGCUUGAUUUGAUGGGGUCUUUGGUUGUGUGUGUAUUUAUUUCUAAUUAUUAUUAUUUUUCUUUAUAAAUACAUUUAGAGGUGAAAAAUUGUGUCAGAGAUGUUCUCCACAGAUAAUAGGAAUUCCCUAAUUCCUACCAAAACCGUAAAUUGAUAAAAUCUGAGCUUGAGAAAGGCGCUCUUGAAGUUCUGCCUCUUUUAAAAUAUUUUGUGCCUCUAGAUAUAUUUGGAAAACUAAGCAUGUGGCAGUUGCUCCUCCCACAGGGUAUGAAAUCCCAACUUGUACAUGGAUUACAUCAUGUAAAUUUAGAAAUGACAAACUGAUACACAACCUUUCAGAUGUGAAAACCAAUUAGUGUUUGUGUGGGGCUGGCCUCUGAAAAUAGAAUGAUUUGACCUAGUUAGCUGUCCGAGAGAAGAAAACCAGGGAUCCAGAGUUUGGAACUGUAAAACAGAUACAUUUGGGAUUAAUUUUUCACACUACAAAAGGGUCCAUCAAAGGUUUCUUUAAAUAGAAAGCUUGCCUAGUGCACUUAGAAUGGAAUUCAUUUUAUAAAAGUUGAAUAUAACUUAUACAAUUUUAAUUUACUCAUAGUUUUUCUGGGUUACAACAAUUGUGGAAGAUGAUAGCACCAUGACACUGAUGUUCCUAGGAGGAAUAAAGAAGGGAGAGCAGCAAGGGGACCGU